GGCUUCUUCGAACUUGUUCAAUCAGCGAAGUGGACGGAGCGACGGGAUAUGAUUCAGGCGCUUAUUGAUACACUUCUCAAAUAUCCUCGUCUGGAUCCGAAAGCAAAAUACAACGAAGUGCUUAGUGCGCUAAAAUUGGUGAUCGUAAAGGACUCGAAUGUUGUAGUUGUAACGCUAGCGCUGCAUGCGUUAACUUCAAUUGCGAAGGGUUUGAGGAGGAAUUUUGCGAAAUAUCUCCCUAUGUUGUUAUUGACGUUGUUGGAGAAAUUCAAGGAGAAGAAAGCGACAGUUAAGGAAGCUGUUGUACAGUGUUUGGCAAAGCACGGCACAAAUCCGAAUGUGAAAACGAAUGUUUUUCAAUGGAUUUACUACAUUCUUUGCCAUUUUCGGCCAGCUGCUGCACCAGUGGCUUUCAUUAAAGCUGUCGCACCAUAUCUUAUCAAGCACAGCAGUGAUGGUGAUCCCGAGGUGCGCGAGAGAUGUUUUAUGGGCAUUGGCGCUGUGCUACGUUUGCUCGGAGAGAAGGGGGCAAUGGCCGUGAUUGGUGAGGUAUUGGGCGAUAAAGCGAGGGCAAAAAAAGUAGGAGGAUACUGUGCGAAAGCAGUGCAAGAUUUUGAAGCAUACGAAAAGGCAAGAAUCGAAAGUGGCCUUUCUAUGGCCGAAGAACCGUGUGCAUCCGGUGACAAUAAAGAGAACAACGGAGCUCUUAAUGGCGACAAAUGUCAAGAUGAUGGCAUUGAAGUUGAUGCAUGGGAAUUGCUAACCGAAACAAAGAUCUGUGACAAGCUACCAAAUAACAUGGAGACGAUGCUAACUUCCAAAAAAUGGAAAGAACGCGUGGAAAUUUUGGAGGCAUUGUUGGAUGUUUUGGAGCACAAUCCUCGACUCGAUCCUCACGAGAACCAUGCCACACUCAUUACCGCAUUGUGCGCGAUGCUUGAGAAAGAUACAAAUGUCAGUGUGGCCGCACUUGCAACAAAGUGUAUCAUGGCUUUUGCUCAGGGACUACGUUAUGCUCUUUCUCCUUGUAUACCACAUAUAUAUGCUGCCGCUUUUGAGAAAUUCAAAGAAAAGAAGGCAGUAUUUCGUCAGCCUCUUACUGAACUUUGCGAUACCCUUGCCUUAUUUGCGCCGCUUUCGGCAUAUAUUGAAAUUGUGGAAAAUGCUCUGCAAAAAUCAAAUCCACAGAUCAGGGAACAGACUGCUUUGUUUAUUGCGAGGCUUUUGCGCCAGCACAGUGCACAAACAAUACGACAGGAAUGUGUGGAACAAAAGCUUGGCUCAGCACUUAGCAAGCUUGCAUCUGAUGCAGAUUCCAGUGUCCGUGAGGCAUCAUUUCUUGCAAUUGGAGCACUAAUGAGGAUUGUCAGCGAGAGUGCGAUAAAUAAUUAUUGCGGUCAAGUUACCCAGGACAAAGGGAAAUUAGCUAAGGUUCGUGAAAGCUGCGAGAACUUGAAAAAAGAAUACGGACUAAACGCUUCUGCGGCAAUUUUGAAGUUGCAGAACAAAACAAAGCCUGCUGUAAGCACGUCACUAUCCGGUAGCAAGACAGCGGUUAGAGCAAUGGUAAGGUGACC